GCCUUGGUUGCCAGAGGAAUUACAUGAUGAGCUCCUGAGGAUUUGGGAAAAGAUUGGGCAGCCUUUGUGCAUUGAUGAUAGCUCACCUCUCUUCCAAGGGGUACGCUAGGUUAUUUGUGCAGGCUGAUGUUUAUGAACCACUGGUCUCAGAAGUCCAGGUUGAUCAUCAUUCCCUGUCUGUUGAGUACGAGCACCUUGAUGAAAUCUGUUUUGAAUGUGGUAAGUUUGAGCAUAAUGCUAAGAAUUGCAGUGCUGGACUACUGGGUUGGAAGCCUCCUCCCAUGGCGGCCUUGAAGUUGAAUAUUGAUGGGUCGGUGCUACCAUCAUUAUUAUCAAAGUGGACAGAGCUGAAGAGUGCAGGAAGGCUUAUUGGAGAUCACUUGGGGAAAUGGGUUACUGGGUUUGGAGUGAAUUUUGGUACAACUAGUGCUAUAAAUGGAGGUGUUGACGUUGCUAUACUUCAGGGCCUGCGGGAGGGUUUGCAACUAGCACAUUCCUCAGAGAUGGAGCUGGAUUCAGCUAGAGUGGUGAAGGCUGUGAACGAAGGAGUUGUUGACCGUGAUCCUGAUGGUGAUUUAUUUAGGGAGUGUCAGCAUCUUUUAGAGGAAAACUGGAGUGUUAGCUUUGUGCUUAAAAGAGCAAAUGCUUGUGCAGAUUUUUAGGCUAACUUGGGUCAUUCUUCUGCAGAGGGUACUUCUGUUUUGAUGCAGCCUCCAGAGGGUAUUCUUUAGUAUAUCACUUAGGGGAUGGCUAGAGUAAAUAACCUUUAUAGUUUCUGUUAUGGUCUAGUCUUUGUUCAGUAUAUAUUUGUUAUGGUACAGUCUCUAUCUCAUGCUAUUAUAUUCUAAUAUAUAUAUCAAGAGUUC